AUGACGCAAAUGAGUAAUACGACUGAUGAUAUGAGUAUGUUGAGUGUAAAUACGCAGCUUACGGAUGUGCAUAAAAUUAAUGAAUUGCGAGCUGCACAACAUUCAUCAGCUCCUUCUUCGUCAUCGUCGUGUGUCGAGAAUGUCGAUCCGAAUAAACGAGAGGAAUACGCGAAAGCGAUUGAUAAUUAUUUGGAUAAAAUUAAUGCGAAUAUUAAUACGAAUGAUAAGGUUAUUAUUAUACCUUUUGUUGUGCAUUUGAUAUGA